UUUUCAGCUGCUACAUCUCUCUACGUCGUGCGUCAAGAAUACCCCUUGAUCAUGUCGACCCAAGGCGAACCGUUUUACCUCCGAUACUACUCAGGUCACUCUGGGCGGUUUGGACAUGAGUUCCUAGAGUUCGAUUUCCGUACCCUUGGUGACGGCCGUAGCGCUGCCGUGCGAUACGCGAACAACUCCAACUACCGCAAUGACUCCCUGAUCCGCAAAGAAAUGUGUGUGAGCGCGUCGAUGAUCCAGGAGGUCAAGCGCAUAAUCAAGGAAAGCGAGAUCAUCAAGGAGGACGACUCGAAGUGGCCCCAGAAGAACAAGGAUGGACGUCAGGAACUCGAGAUUCGGAUCGGAAACGAACAUAUCUCCUUCGAGACUGCGAAAAUCGGCUCUCUGGUGGACGUGACCGAGUCGGCGGACCCGGAAGGUCUCCGGGUGUUCUACUAUCUGGUGCAGGACCUGAAGGCCCUCAUCUUCUCGCUGAUUUCUCUCCACUUCAAGAUCAAACCUAUCUAAAUCAUAUCCGGGGUAAUGAAAUGAAAUGGUUUUGUGUUGGGAUGAAUGACAGGCGUUCUCUAUGAUUGACUAGUGGCGGAUAUGCUUUCAACGUUGACUGCCCUAUUUUAUUUUAUUUUUAUUCUAUUUUCUGGAGGCCAAAUGGCCGGGCGACAAUGACGCAAUGGGUGGUCGCCACCAGGGCCAACGUAGCGAAGAAUCAAACUUAUACCCAACGACGUGUGUUUUUGGGGGGGGGAG